UCCAACACACACAAGAGGAACUCACCAGCUCCACGAGCAGAGGAGCCGACACCCAACCCAGCACCAACGCGCUCCGAGCACACCAAGACAACAUGCGUCCAUCUCGGGACCUCCGGCUGUGCGUGCUCCUCCUCCUCUUCUCGGCCUCCAUCCUCCUCCCGACAGCCAGAGCCCAGCAGGAAACCGAGGAGGAGGAGGAGUUCAGCUACUCGCUGGACGCGGAGAACGGGCCGGCGCACUGGGGCAAGAUAAAGGAGGAGUGGUCUGCAUGCGGCAAGGGCAACAUGCAGUCGCCCAUCGACCUCGCCAGCCCGCGUGUCUCACUCGUGCGCGGCCUCGGCUACCUCAACCACACCUAUGUCCCCGCCAACGCCACCAUCGUCAACCGCGGCCACGACAUCAUGCUCAAGUUCGAGGGCGACGCCGGGAGCGUGUCGAUCGGCGGCACGCCCUACUUCCUCCGGCAGCUGCACUGGCACUCGCCCACCGAGCACAGCAUCAACGGCCGCCGGUACGACAUGGAGCUCCACAUGUUCCACGAGAGCGCCGAGGGCAAGGCCGCCGUCAUCGGCGUCUUCUACGAGAUCGGCGCCCACGACGCCUUCCUGCACAAGCUGGAGCCAUACCUGGAGAUGAUAGCGGAUCGGAAGGACAGGGAGGAGAAGAUGGGGAUGAUGGACCCGAGGGGCGCCAGGGGAAAGGCCAGCGUGUACUACCGCUACGUGGGCUCCCUCACCACCCCGCCCUGCUCCGAAGGUGUCAUCUGGACCAUCGUCAAGAGGGUCCGCACCGUGUCGAGGCACCAGCUGGAGCUUCUCCGGGAGGCCGUCCACGAUGUAAGUUUUUUUUUCGGUUCCCCAGACCCCAAUCCUUUUUUCUGGACCUCCAAUCUUUUUCUUGAAAGCGAAAUCUUAUUCCUCCUGGUGCAUUAACCUCUUGUCUUUCAGCACUUUACGGUCUUUAAACUCGUGUCAGAUGGUAGACCUUAACCGUGGACGUCUAGAAAUUCAACAGUGACAUGAAAGCCGCCUUUAAUUUGGUUGAUCUCGACCCAUGGACUAGAAAAAAAAAUGGACUGAUUUUCCUUCAACCCUACAUGCAGGACAUGGAGAAGAACGCGAGGCCCCGUCAGGAGGUGAACAGCAGAGAUAUCAGCAUGUUCCGGCCUUUUGAGCAGAAUAAACAUUGAUUAUUCGCUAGGGUCGAUUAUCCACUUAAUUAGUUUGCUGUAACAGCUAUUGUAUAUGUACAUGGUUAUACCAAUUUUUGUAAUUCUUUCUACUCAUAUUACCAUAUUAGAUGCCUUGUGUCCGGUUACUGAAUAAUAAAGGAGCACGUCCCGAUCA